GUCAUAGCUAAUUUUUUACGUCGUCCACAUCUCUAAGCGUUUUUCCACAACCGUAAUUUUUCGUUUUUCAGUUUGUUCCAAAUUGUUUUUGAUUUAAAUUAAUAUGGAUAAGGUUAGGAAGUUGCUUUUGACAACGUGGCGUCCAAUGAUAACAGUCGCACGUACGAGUUGUGAGGCAAAGGUUAAGAAUCUAGUGGCGUUUCCUGAAGUGGCCAUUGGCGAAGGCAAACUGAAAUAUAUUCUCGCCAAGGUGUACAUACACGGCGAGAUGGGGCAAUCAAAAACCGUAGUUCGUGGUGUUUCUCGGGUCAAGUAUCAUCUCGACGUCUAUGAUCAGUUACAAAAGGAGGCCAAUAAGUUUGAUCUAUGCACUCAGUGCUUGGGUGGUGGCAUAAUGGUUCAUGACAACGAUAAAAACUAUAUCAAGAUUUAUGGCCGCUCUCAGACGUUGGGCAAAGCGGAUCAUCACGAGACUAGAGAGGUAUUAUAUGAAGAUUGCAAGUAUUCAGCAUACAAAAUCGAUGCGGAAUCUGGGGGGCAGGAUUAAUGUUUAUAUUUAAUAUG